AUGAAUCUUUCCAGAUUCCAGAUCCAGAUUCUGCUGGCGGGGAUUCUCUGUGCAUUCGCUGGUCCAGUCGUCUGCUCCGAGGACGAGACGACUCUGGUGAAGAACCUGUUCACCGGCUACAACAAGGUGGUUCGACCCGUGAACCACUUCAGUGAAGCCGUGGUCGUCACCGUGGGGCUGCAGCUCAUACAGCUCAUCAGUGUGGACGAAGUGAACCAGAUUGUGACCAGUAACGUUCGUCUCAAACAGCGAUGGCUGGACGUGAACCUGAACUGGAAUCCAGACGACUACGGAGGCAUCAAAAAGAUCCGAGUUCCUUCCACCGACAUAUGGAAACCUGACCUGGUUCUAUACAACAACGCCGACGGCGACUUUGCCAUCAUCCAUCAAACCAAAGUUCUGCUGGAGCACACGGGGGUGAUCACCUGGAACCCGCCGGCCAUCUUCAAGAGCUACUGUGAGAUCAUCGUGCUCCACUUCCCCUUCGAUCUGCAGAACUGCAGCAUGAAGCUGGGAACUUGGACGUAUGAUGGGCUGCUGGUCGCCAUCAACCCAGACAGCGAUCGGCCGGACCUCAGUAACUUCAUGGAGUCGGGCGAGUGGGUGCUAAAGGAUUACCGGAGCUGGAAACACUGGGUGUACUACACAUGCUGCCCCGACACACCCUACCUGGACAUCACCUACCACUUCCUGAUGCUGCGGCUGCCGCUGUACUUCAUCGUCAACGUCAUCAUUCCCUGCAUGUUGUUCUCUUUCCUCACCGGACUGGUCUUCUACCUGCCCACCGACUCUGGGGAGAAGAUGACUCUGUCCAUCUCCGUCCUGCUGUCUCUCACCGUCUUCCUGCUGGUCAUCGUGGAGCUGAUCCCCUCCACCUCCAGCGCUGUUCCUCUCAUCGGGAAAUACAUGCUCUUCACCAUGGUGUUCGUCAUCGCCUCCAUCAUCAUCACCGUCAUCGUCAUCAACACCCACCACCGCUCGCCCAGCACGCACACCAUGCCUCCCUGGAUCCGCAAGGUCUUCAUCGAAACCAUUCCCAACAUGAUGUUCUUCUCGACCAUGAAGCGACCGGGUCAGGAGAUCCGACAGAAGAGGCUGUUCCCCACCGACAUGGACAUCUCCGACAUCUCAGGUAACCCCACCCCCACAAGUGUCAACUACCAGUCCCCCAUCAGUAAGAACCCUGACGUGCGCAGCGCCAUCGAAGGAGUGAAGUACAUCGCUGAGACCAUGAAAUCAGACGAGGAAUCGAACAAUGCGGCCGAGGAGUGGAAGUUCGUUGCCAUGGUGCUGGACCAUAUCCUGCUCUGCGUGUUCAUGGCCGUGUGCAUCAUCGGGACGCUCGCCGUCUUCGCCGGGAGACUCAUCGAGCUCAACAUGCUGUACGGGGCCUGA